UGCAUCCUUCGCAGCAUCCUCUCCCAGCUGGUCCAGUGAUGCUUUUUCGCUCUCCUUUCAGGGUCUCCUUACACCUUAGACAAGAUGUCUCACCAGAAAAAGCAGCCCACACCUUACCCUCCAGUGGUUUGCAAGACCUCUGGCGGUGGAGGUGGAGGCGGCGGCGGUGGCUCCAGCUGCGGCGGCGGCGGCGGCGGCGGCGGCGGCGGCGGCGGCGGCGGCGGCGGCGGCGGCGGCGGCGGCGGCGGCGGCGGCGGCGGCGGCGGCGGCGGCGGCGGCGGCGGCGGCGGCGGCGGCGGCGGCGGCGGCGGCGGCGGCGGCGGCGGCGGCGGCGGCGGCGGCGGCGGCGGCGGCGGCGGCGGCGGCGGCGGCGGCGGCGGCGGCGGCGGCGGCGGCGGCGGCGGCGGCGGCGGCGGCGGCGGCGGCGGCGGCGGCGGCGGCGGCGGCGGCGGCGGCGGCGGCGGCGGCGGCGGCGGCGGCGGCGGCGGCGGCGGCGGCGGCGGCGGCGGCGGCGGCGGCGGCGGCGGCGGCGGCGGCGGCGGCGGCGGCGGCGGCGGCGGCGGCGGCGGCGGCGGCGGCGGCGGCGGCGGCGGCGGCGGCGGCGGCGGCGGCGGCGGCGGCGGCGGCGGCGGCGGCGGCGGCGGCGGCGGCGGCGGCGGCGGCGGCGGCGGCGGCGGCGGCGGCGGCGGCGGCGGCGGCGGCGGCGGCGGCGGCGGCGGCGGCGGCGGCGGCGGCGGCGGCGGCGGCGGCGGCGGCGGCGGCGGCGGCGGCGGCGGCGGCGGCGGCGGCGGCGGCGGCGGCGGCGGCGGCGGCGGCGGCGGCGGCGGCGGCGGCGGCGGCGGCGGCGGCGGCGGCGGCGGCGGCGGCGGCGGCGGCGGCGGCGGCGGCGGCGGCGGCGGCGGCGGCGGCGGCGGCGGCGGCGGCUGCUUUUACAGUGGCGGUGGCUGCGGAGGGGGCUCCUCCGGGGGCGGCGGCGGCUCCAGCUGUGGAGGUGGCUCUGGCGGCGGUUCUGGGGGUGGCAAGGGCGUCCCGGUCUGUCACCAGACCCAGCAGAAGCAGGCGCCUACCUGGCCAUGCAAAUAAGGCCCCAUGGAGGCCGCCACGGAGGCAAAGGAGCUGGAGGUGUCCUCCGUGGGCGCCGGUGGGUUUAAUGUUCUCAUGAUAUUGCCCAAGGUUUCCAAAUUUGACAUGUCUCUACCCACCCAGAAGAGGCCAUCGAGUUCUCAAGACUGCAUCUUGCUCUGUAGUUUUUCCCUGGUUUCUGUAUGACUACCUCCCCCUUCAGUUUCCCUUCAGCCAAUAAAUUUCGCAGUUCAUGAGAAUCUCUGGGUCUCCAGCAGUCUUUGUAGCUUCGAAUUCAUCUGUUUCUCUUUCCUUCCAUUCAUUCAUCCAAACUGCCCCUAAUACUCUUGGGGGGAGGUCAAGGGGCCAGAGAAGUUAGCAGUGGAGGAAUGGCUAGCAGACGAAGGCUGAUGAUGUACACAGUCUGGUUUAAGGCUUUAAAAGAUCCUCGAAGUGAUCCCGAAACAAAGAUGCUAUUAAAAUACCUUACUAAACAGCCUUCAAAGAGUUGUGUAGCCACUAGGGGAGGUCCGCUCACUGACCUCAGAGCCUGUAAAAGACAGGCCAUCCUGGAAAGGUGCUGUCCUAGUCUAGAGCUUGUGCAGGGUCUAAAAACAAAGUGGCUACUCAUUAGGAACACUCCACACUACCCAAGUUCAAAAGAAAAAUAAUAUUUCAGAUACUCUUGAAUCAAGUGUGUAAGGCACUCUACUGGUACUUGGAAGGACAGAAGGAAAUAGAGAAGCUAUUCCCUGAUCUCUUGAAAGAGUGUUAGCUAAUUUAGAGAGCAUAAAUGUAUGAGAUGUUAAAAACAUCACUACCGGAAAGUCCGAAAAGAAACAGGAAGCUUUCUAAUGAGCAAGGAAGAGGCUACUGGUGCUUCAAAGAUACAGUAAUUACAUAGCCCCCAGUGCAUUCGAGUUUUAUUGGCUUUAGGUAAAUGUAAAUUUAUUGAUUUUCUCAGAGCAAUAAUAGUCAAAAAGCCAAGUCCCCUUGCUCCCUAGUUAACUGCUACAAACCGAAAAAUAAAUUCUUCCACAACCCCAUCACUGAAAGUCCCCAAUCAUAAACCACACAAGACUUAGGAAGAGAAAAGUCAAUUGUUGGGAGUCCCUAGAAUGGAAGAAGUGAUACAGCUAAAUUCUUUGUUUUCUUUUUGCCUGCUAGGUGUACCAGAUUUCUCACUAGAAAGUAAACAAGAAAUGCUGACAGAUGCAGAAAAAAGUAACCUUCCUGUCUUUAUCCAAAGGAUCAGGAAAGAGGUGGCAUAGCAAGAUAAUUCUUUUACACCAUCUACCUUACUUCAACCAGCAUGGAGAAAAAUGAACAGGAGUCCUGGGCUUUCACCAUUAGAGAAGUCAACAUGAACUUACCGAAUGGUUGGAAGAAUGUCGGGGACAGAACAAAGAAGGCGCACACAGAGCAGUCGAGCAGACAGAAAAUGAGCACUGAGAUCGAGAUCGACACAGCCUGAGGAAAAGGAAGAGACCGGCGGAGAGGUGGGAGUGAAGGGAGGCAGAGACAAAGACAGACACUAGAAAAAAAGACUGAGGUGUGGAAAGAAAAGGCCUAGGAGGCAAAGAAGAGUGCAGGAAGCAGGGAGUGAACAGAGCUAAAGCGGAAGUGUUGGCACCGGGGCCACCGGGAGCCUUGUGGUCCUCGGCCAUGCACUUUCCAGGGCUGCAGCCACCACAAUGAGGAGACCACACUGGAGCCCACGUCUUCCCCAUCUCACCCCUGACAGGAAGCCUCCAGAGUGGGGUGUGCACGGCCUGGAAAGAUACUGAAAGCCUCCCACGCCAGCUGAGGAAACACUGGCGCCCUUCCCUGCGGACCACACCCUCCUGUCAGUCCACAGACACACAGGUGGCCCAACGGCAUGCCAGGCCCUGCACGGGCCCUAGGGGUAGAGCCAGCCAGGCGCAGGCACAGCCCCCCAAGGAGGCCAGGGUCGGGAGGGGAGAGGAGAGGGCAAGGAGACGCCACCAAGAGGCCUGAGUAGUCGUUUCUGGUUUAGAGAAGCAGGGAAACUAGCGGAGGUCAAGAUGCAGGCUGGGGAUGGUGUGGGUGAAGGCAUCAGGAUGGAGAACCCAGGAGGGCUCCUUCUCUGAAAAAGUAGGCAGGAGAAGCCCCACGUGGCAUGCAAAGACAAUUUGCUUCUCCCUGUUGGAAAGGAGGGGCCGUUGCUUGAUUUCUUUUCAUUUUUUAUCUUUACUAAAUUUAUC